ACCGAUUCCUGCUGCUCGUCUGCCUUCCUGCAGAGCCGGACGUCUCGUGGUGGGGGGUUCCAACGCGAGCGUAGCUCUGAGCGCGCCCCUCUCCCGUGCCCCGCCCCGCCUCUCCCGCGUGACAUCAUGUGGCGGCGGCUCACGCGCCCGCUGCUGUCGGCGGCCUCCACAGGUCCCAGGGGUGCAGAGCCCCCUUGUGCUGGGCUGAAGAGGUACAAGCUCCCUCCAGACUACAGCAACAUCACCAUUCCUGAGAGACCUAAGCUGAAGAUUGUCGACAAGGUGCCAGCCUUACCUAAAGUGGUACGGGAAUUCAGGAACUUACGGGAUAUCCGUGGCCCAUCCACAGAGGCCACUGAGUUCAUCCAGGGGCAGUAUGGCAUUCUGGCAUUGGGUGGUGGUUACCUCCAUUGGGGUCACUUUGAAAUGAUGCGCCUGACAGUCAACCGUUUUCUGGAUCCCAAGACCAUGUUUGCUCUGUGGCGUGUCCCAGCCCCUUACAAACCCAUCACCCGCAAAAGCCAAGGACAUCGCAUGGGAGGCGGCAAAGGUAACGUGAAUCUCUACGUGACAGCAGUGAAGACUGGCCGUCUCAUUUUGGAAGUGGGCGGGCACUGUGAAUUUGAGGAGGUGAAACACUUCCUUAUACAAGUAGCCCGUAAGUUACCCUUCCCAGCCAAGGCAGUCUCCUGCCAGUCCCUGAAAGAGAAGCACCAGAAGGAAGAGGAGAGAGCACACAACAACCAAAACCCAUGGACUUUUGAGCGCAUUGCCACUGCCAACAUGAUGGGAAUCCGCAAGUAUCUGAGCCCAUAUGAUCUGAAAUUUAAGGGGCAGUACUGGGGCAAAUUCUAUCUGAAAGACAGGAUUUAAUAACCAACCUUAGGUGAAGUUUUGGAGCCCUCCCUCACAUGCAUAGUUUUCCCCAAGCAACCAAAAGAGGCCCCAGUCCCCUCUUAUCUGUGAAACCAAACAUGGUUAUACCCAUGUGGGGUGCUGAGUCUUCCGAGCAACGCUGUAGUAACCUAUCCUUGCUCCGAAGGUGGAGGAGUUGUACAUGGUAGAGCUGGGGGCAUAAUGGGGGCUGCAGUAGCUGAUGAUUAUUUUGGAUUAAAAAAAUCUUUCCUACAGAGGCAAAGACUUCCCCUA